AUGUAAUGGAUUCGUGAUUACAUCAAUUUGAUCAUUUAGACCAAUCUAUCUCCAUCUAUAAACAAUAUCAAACUGACUGCUUUCCAGAUUCUGAUAUAUUAUUUAUAGCUGACUCAUUUUAUAACAUAGCAAUAUGAUGAAAAUGUAUUUCGAUUGAUUAAAGCACUAUCUGAAAUCAGCAUUUUAACAACACUCUUUUAAGAUAUUUACAUAGUUAAUAUUAUAACAGGAGUCCUAUUAGCAAUUAUAAAUGUGUUACCUUAUCUAAUCAUUUUGCAUAGAAAAAUUAGGAGCGAAUAUUAAAAUGUAGAUAUCAUCUCAAAAUCAAUUUUACAGGUACAAGAACACCUAAAUUAAAGCCUGCCACAAAGUUAGUGAAUUACUAUUUCCUCUAUUUCACAUGGUUUCUGUACCUUCCUCAAAUGCAUUACAUAAGUUGGAAUAUCAUGCAUUUAACUGAUCUUUUACUUUUGGUAUUGGCUUUGCUAAACUUGAUCUUUUCGAUAAUAUCGUUACUUAUUUCAAACAUCUAUUUCAUAAAUUUUGAAUUCAAUGAAAUAUAAUUGAGAAAACAUUUUACAUACAAUAAUUGUAUAGCAUAGUUACUUAUAAUACCUAUGGCAAUUUUGAAUCAAAGUUCAGAAUAAAUUAUGAAUAUAAUCAGCAGAUUUAUUCAUGGAAUAAUAAUUUUAAUAUUAUUUUAUGAAGCUUAUUUUUAAUUACCUUUUGGGUAUAAAUUUUAAUAAUUAAUUAAUCUAGAUUUUCAAAAUAUUCAAUGAUUUACAAUAGAUUAUUAGUUAUGCAUAUUUUAAUAUUCAUUUUUACUACAAUUAUGUACUAAAAUUCUGAAUAUCGAUAUAGCCUAUCAACAGUACUUCUUGUUACUUAACCAAUAACGUAGUAUCUAUUUCUAGUUUUACUGUAAGAUAAAAGAUUAAAAACAUAUCAUAAUACAAUGAAUUAAUAUUAAGAAUUAUUGAUUAUAGAAGAUUUUUUUGACAUAAUUUAAGCAACACAAAAGAGUAAAAAGAGAACUAUAGAAUUAAUUUAAAAAUUUAGUUUGCAUUUUAAUAGAUGUUAAUCAGUUAAAUGUUAAUGUCGUAAGUUUGGUGCUAGUGGAAUAUUAAAAUGGGAUGAGGCAGUUAUUUUAAUAUCAUGUUUAUUUAGAAUAGGAUUUGAAAAACAUAGAAGUGAUACUAAAAAUCUAGAAAUUUAUAGUUUAAAAUUCUUAACAUUUAUAAAUAAAUAUCGAAAUAAUGCUCCUAAAAGUUAUUAAGAGUUAAAGAUUUUAUUUUAGAAAAAAAGAGAUUAUUCAUUUUAUUUCAUCUAAAUUUGUCUGUUGCUUUAAUUUCUAUUGUAAGCAUAAAUGUAAAAGGAUGAAAAUUAUAAUAUAAAUAGAGAUACAAGAGUGUCUAAUGUAAAAUUAUAAGUGAGUAAGAGUGAAAGAAGUAUUGUUUAAACAUUAUAUUAAAUGGAACAAAUAAAAUAAAACUUACUUCCUUUAUUAAUGUAAUUGAACAAUUUUAAGAUAUAAUUUUGGAAGAGUUAUUUAGCAGGUAAAUUUACUAAUUUUUCAGAUAUUGGACAGCAAGUGUAAAAAUUAUAAUAGUUAAAACAUUAAAUUUUAAAUUAGUUAAAGAUUUAUUAUCCAAUUUUUUAUACUAAUGGAAGAACAUUUAAUGUUUAAUUCUUAAAGUAUAGUGCUUUAAUUGAUUUAUUGUUGUUUAAUAAUGUAAGAAAAUAUUUUGAAUUAGAAAAAGGUAAGAAUAUUUUUAAUAUAUGUUAGAGAGAAGAGAGAUUUUGUAAUAAGAGAAAAGCAUGAAUACAUUUGAAAUCACAAAUAUCAAUUUUUUUAAAGGAGAAGCUAUAUCUGUAAAGGUUUGUAUAGCUUAAGGGCCAAAUAUAGGUAAAGUAUUAAAUGAAGUAAUUUCACCUUUGAUUCCUAAAUUUUUUGGAUUUGGACAUUUUGAUAAUCCAAUGGAAGCAUUUCUUGAUUUCACAAAGGGAAAUAUUAAUACUUUGAUGCCGAGUUGGUUAUCACCAGUGCAUGAUGAAAUAAUGUAAAAUUAUAUAAGAAGAGGAGGAACAGCUAGAAUAGGUAAGUACUUUUAAACAUUUGCAAAGAUAUAUGAUAAAACAUUAAUUAGAUGUUAAGUAUAUCUUGCUCAUAAUUUCAGUAAAGAUUUAAGAGAUGAUUUUACUAUGAUUGGAUGUCUAAAAUCUUUAGAAGAGUAAUAACCAAAAGUUACAGGGGAAGAUGCUAAAAAAUUAAAAAAUGUAGCAUUUAAAGGAGUGUAACAUCUACUGUUUGAUGUAAAUGGAAACAUAUUGGGUGUAACUUAAGGUUUAUUUAAAAUGAUUGAUAGAUUAUAGAGAUUAAGAACUAGUCAGAAUUUAUCAUCACUUAAAUAAUAAAGUGUUGAAAAAAGCAAAUCUGAUAUAUCCUCAUUAGAAAGUGAGAGUUUUGAUGUUUAUGAAUAAUAAUGGUCAAAUUCUAUUUUAACAAUUGAUGAUUUCUAUAAUAAGGUAUUAAUUUGGAUGGUUUUACCAUUCAUCUGUAGAGAAAUAGAAUAAACAGGAAUAGAGUAUCUAAUGGAUGGGGAAACACCUCCAAAAAACAGAUAUCCAAAUUUAAUUGAUUUAGAUAAUAGCAAUAAUGUAGUUUCUAAUAAAGAGACUUACUUAUUUGUACCAGAAGACUUACAUUUAUUUGUUUAAUAAUAUGAGAAGGCUUUAUAAAAAAUUAUAGAUGAUACUCGUGUUCAAUCAAACAAUUUCUCUAAUGGUAGUUAAUAUAAAGGGUUAAAAUAUGAUUAGGAAAGUGAUUCUGUAAGCAUUCAAUAGGCAGUAACCAUUUUUAAUGAAAAGUUAUGUGCAUUUUUUUAUGAUGAGCAUCUAAAGCGACAUCAAGCAUUAUAAUUUGGUACAACUAGAUAAUCAGAGAUGUAAAAGUCUUUAGUAAGACAAUAAUCUUAGACUUAAGUAUCUAUUCCUAGUGAAGAGGAUAGUGAAUAAUUGAAAACAAGAGCUGAGAAAGUCUAUUAGGAUAAAUAUACAAGAUAUAUAGAAAAAAUCACUCCAUAAGAUUUCAAUCCUGUUCCAGUAUUUUAUUCAGUUAAUUAUGAAGAAUAUAGAUAUAAGAAAAAUGAUAUUGAUUUAAAAUAAUAAAUGUUUCUAAUUGAAUUGAAUGUUAAUGAAUAAUAACUACUUACAACUAUGGGAUAUAAAAGAUAGGUUAGAGAUACGAUUAAAUAAACAUUUCAAAACUUUUAAUCUAAGAGAUAAUUAUUAGAAUAACAAUUAUAAACAGAAGAUUCUAUGAGUGUUUAAGGAAAUAUGAGUGAAUAGAGAAGUUAUCAUGAUGCUGAAAUUAACAAUUAUCUAUUUCCAUCACAUCCCUCUCAUUACUUUGAAGAAAUUUAUAUGGAUUCUUAAAAAUUAGAUUAAGUUUCCAGUCCUUCUAAAUAAAUUGAUAAUGUUCAAUUAUUAUCAAGUAGAAGUGAUGAAGUAGAAAUUUAAUAAAAACUUACUAUAAAUUCAUAAGAAUCUUAAUUGAAGUAUCCAGAUAAAGAAAUCACUAAAAUGAAUUCGAAGGCCUUUAUUAAAAAAAAAUAAUAAGAUUUUUUUAAUGAAAAUGAUAGUAAAUUAGCUAUGGAUAGCAGAGCAUCAUAAUAAUAAAUUUAAGAGGAAUAUUAAGUUAAAUAUUAAGAAAAUCUAAAAUUGUUUGAUUCUAAUUAUAAAUAGACUUUAUCAAAGAUAGAAGAUUUCAUAAAUCCAACUACAUUUAGAAUAUAAAAAUAUCUUCUCUAUAUUGUACUAUUCUUAAUUGUUAGUUAUAUUAACUUAUUAACAAUAGCUGUGUAUUAAAAGUAUAAUUUUACUGAUUGUUUAAAUUUGAUUGAUUUAAUGUUAUCUACCUAAAUGGCAUAUUCUUAAAUUACUCAUGGACUUUAUCGUUUAAAAUUAGAAUCUUAAUUUUAAAUGGAUCUAAAAUUAUAAGAAUUUUACUUAGAAUAGAUUGAUGUGAAUUUGUAAAGCUUAAUUAAUUUAUAAAGCAAUAAAUAAUUUGAUAUCAAUUAAGUAGAAUUUAGAGUAAAUUAAUUUUAUGAUGUGGAAUAAGAAUUAAUUUUGAAUCCAACAUUAUAAGCAACCAUUUAAAUGAGUCUAGCUUAAUUUUAUAAGAUUAAAAAUAAUUCUUUAUAAAAUGAAAUAAUAACUUAGAUUUCUGUUGCUAAUUUAUAAGAAAUUGGUUAAUUACCAUAAUUAGCUUAUGAUUAUUGUUAUGCUGAUAAAAUUGAAAACGAGGAAUAGAUUUAAUAAUUAUUAACCAUUUAUAUGGUUGUAAUAUUCUUUUUAGUUAUGCUGUUGCAAUUUCUUUAGAUUCCAUUAAUCUCUAGAUUAUCUAAUGAUCAUAGAAGAUUGUAUAAAGUAGUAAUGAAAUUGUAAAUUUAUGAAGUUCAUGAUGAAAUAGAAACAUAUGAAUCAGUUUAAUCAAUUUUUAAGAAAUCUUUAUAUGAAUGGAUGCUGAUUGAUUUUGUUUCAGAAACAAGAAUGUUUGAAAGUAGUAUAGAGAACAUGUAAUAAUCUCAUAAUCAUUAAUUAACUGAUUAAAGUUAAAGUUAAUUGCUAAAUACAAAUAAUAAGAAAAAUAGAUAUAAAUUAUAUGAGAAAUUGAAGAAAUAAUAAAUAAAUUAAACUAGAUAUAUAGUUAUUUUAUUAAUUGGAUUAUUCGUAAUAUUGGCUUAUUUUUUAAUAAUAUUUUUUGUGAUUUUCAUACUUUCAUAAUAGUUGUUGACAAACAUAGAUUUAUUAUUUAAUUUUAAGUUAGCUCAAUCUUCCUUUAUGAAUAUUAUUAACAACAUGGAUUUAAUAACUUAUGAAACAUAUAAUUAAGAAACAUUUAUGAAUAUAAUGAGUUAAAAAUAAUUUGUAAAUUAUUCAUAAGAUUUAAGUAGUGAUAAAUAAGAUUAAUAUAUUGAAUUUAAUAAUAAUUUUUUAUCAAUUAUAAGUGACGAAGAAUAAAAGUUGAAUUUGGAAACUUUAAAUGAGGAUAAUAUUUGUGAUAUUAAUAUAGGAAUUAAAUGCAAUGAAAGUCAAACUUCUAUACAUAAUCCAUAGAUUAUUUAAUAUUACUAACAUGGGAUGAAAUAUUUAAUUACUUAAAUAAAGAAGAUAAUUGAAUCAUAUCCUUAAUUUUUUUAUAAUAAAGAGGGUAAGAAUAGUGAAGAAAAUGUAGAUAAUUUUUUGUAAAGUUUAGAACAUAUAGUUUACAUAGAUUAUGGAAGUGACAUCUUAAUUUAAGCAUAAGAUAAAGUAGUAAGUAUUGCAUAGUAAUAAUUUAAUAAAUCUUUGUAAAUUUAUAAGGAAACAUUGAUGAUAUUUAUUUUAAGUGUAGGAGUAUUGGGAUUAUCAAUAAUAUGGAUUUUAGGUCGAUUAUUAUUGAAAAUGUAAAUAGAUUCAAUAAAUACAUUUUAAACAUCAUUAUUAUUGAUAUCACCAAAAAGAUAUUUGAAUUUAAACAUAAUUCAGAUUGCAUAAAAGAAAAGAUGA